UGAGUUGUUGUUGAUCUACUGAGUUUGUCCAUCGAGCAUUUCUGUAGAGAGGGACAGGGAGGACACGGACUCGGACACAAUUACAGAGAGGUAAAAAAGAAGAGUACGGUCAUCUGGGAAUUGUACGGCAAUUUUUUUCGCAGGUUUACGUCCACGAAAGAUGGAAAACACGACACUUAGCACUAUAGUCGGUUGGAAAAGUAGCAUUAGGAGAUCAAGAUGACUACUUUCUCUCACAACUAGUAAGUACGGCUACGGACUAGAUGUUUCAUCAUUUUUCAAGGCAACAUCAAGAUUGAGCCAGGCACUGGAACAAAACAAAACCGCCUCUACUCGGACCGUCUUCUUUAGUCACUCAGACCGUCUUCUUUAGUCACUCAGACCGUCUUCGUUAGUCACUCAGACCGUCUUCUCCAGUCACUCAGACCGUCUUCUUUAGUCGCUCAGACCGUCUUCCUUAGUCACUCAGACCGUCUUCUCCAGUCACUCGAGUUUGGUCUUCUCCAUCAAAAUGUCCGCGGCUACCCCCGAUCCCGACGCCAUGACUGAGGAGCUCGAGAGUGCUGCCGUCACGGCGUUGGUGGAGAAGAACAUGGUGACUGAGGAGCUCGAUUUAGAAGUGCAACCUGCUGCAGACGACGAUGAUGGGCUGAAUCAAUCUGUCAGGUUGACUCUCGAGUCAAGUGCUUCUGAGCCACUAGAAGAGAUGCUAUCUCGGGAAGAGCUGGCACGAAUGACGCCAAGGCCGCUGGAUUAUAGUUAAGCCACGUCAUGCUCAUAAAGAUGAUCAUUUCUCCAGAUGAUGAUGCAUUUGCAUUUUGAGUAUGUACUACAACUUUUGAGUUUCGCUUUCGACGGGUCACAAUUAUUGUUCCUCGAAUUCGAUAGUAAUAGCAUGAUGCGUCAUCUCUCGCUCCUACGGCUCCUCUUCGUUCUAACACCCGAAAAAAUUCGCUGACUCAGCGACCAGAAAAGCCGCACGGUCACGUGCUAUAGAGGAGGCGCGGAAAAUGAAGAUCCUGGAACAAGUAGAAGUCGAACAGGAUACUACAACUGAUGGUGAUGUUAAAGGUUCCCACAUUACAUCCUUCACUAGCGUCCCUGACUCUUUUUUCAGUAGCAAAUAA